AGUCGCUUAAAAAUUGUGAAACGAUCGCUACGCUUUGCAAUUUGGAAACGAAGGGGCAGUUUUUUUUUCGACAAUAGUGCUUCAACGCGUCUUGUUUGCAACGGCCACAGCUAAAUUCGACUUUUCAAUUUGAAAACAAAAAUGGAUCGAUGAACUGCGACCUUAGCGUUUAGAAUGUUUUAUAUCGAUUAAAGUUUUAGCGUCACGACGCGGCACAGAAUCUUCUAGAACCAGCAGCCACUGCGAUCUAUCAUGGACGACCGCACCGUGGACUUAAUCUUCGGAGGCUCCCUCAAGUCUCUUCCACCAGUUAGUUCCAAGAUCGUGAGAAUAUUCACCAGCUCCACGUUUACUGACACCACAAUGGAACGAAAUACUCUGAUGGCCAAAUGUUACCCAAGGAUCAAAGACUACUGCAGAGAGAAGCACGGAUUGGAAUUUCAGGUGGUGGAUAUGCGAUGGGGAGUAAGAGAUGAGGCCACAGACGAUCAUAUGACCACAGAGCUGUGUAUGAGAGAGAUCAAGAACUGCCAGAGGCUAUCAAUGGGGCCUAAUUUUGUCGUUUUUCUGGGUCAAAAAUAUGGCUACAGGCCAAUACCUACUUACGUCCUGUCGUCAGAGCUACAGAUGUUAAGAGAGGAGCUAGCAGCUGGUGGUGUGGACGUCAUACUUCUAGACACUUGGUACAAAAAGGAUUCGAAUGCUGUUCCCCCUAUAUCAGUUCUUCAGCCUAUUUCAUCUAUAUUGAUUAACUUCAAUAAUAAGAGGGUACCCAAACUCCAAGCUGAAGAUCAAGCAAUCUGGUGGGACACUCUUGGAAAGAUGCAGAAGCUUUUCCGGAAAGCUUCAUUGCAAUUGUACAACGCCGGAAAAAUCGAUAAAGACACAAUGCACAAUUACUUCAUGUCUGUAACGGAACGCGAAGUUAUCAAUGGAAUUUUAAACGUGAAGAACACAAAAAAUCACUGUCUGGCCUACGUGAGAUACAUCAACAACAUCAACCUUCAAAACCUGAAGAAAGCCAGCAAUUUCGUGGACAUCGUCAACAGGAGUCUUGAUGCGGAGGCUUCGAAGCUACUUGCCGACUUGAGGGAUGUGAGAUUGCCGAAUAAAAUUGAGACAACCAACAUUCAGAAGUAUACUGUGGAAUGGAUCGGUCGAGACGGUCUAGAUACAGAGACGCACAGCGAAUAUCUCAACCAUUUCAUUGCUCAUUUUUAUAAGAACAUCAUCAAAUUGGUCGACAGGGCAAUGCGUAAAGAAGACAGUAGCGCACAAGGUCAAAUUGUAACAGAAAUCCUGCAGCAUUUACAUGCUUGUAAUAAUUCUGUCAAAGUUUUUCAUGGCAGAGAAGAAGAUUUGAAAUUCAUCGAGGACUAUAUGAAAGACGCUUCCGAUAAACCAUUGGUUUUGUAUGGUGAAGGCGGCUGCGGAAAGACCAGUUUACUAGCCAAGAGUUCCGCCAUGUCCCUCGAUACAUGGUUCGCAGAGGCCCGUCCUACAAACAUCAUCAGAUUCCUUGGAACUACACCUGAUUCCAGCGCCUUAACUCCGACGCUUAUCUCAAUUUGUCAACAGAUAUCCUACAACUUUGCCCUUCCGUUCGAGAGCAUCCCAGACGACCUCGUGCCCUUGACUGCUCAUUUCAAACAGCUACUGACAAUGGCAAGCCAGAACCAACCCCUACUACUCUUUUUAGAUUCCGUUGAUCAGCUAACUGGCAUUGGCACAGAAAACAAUAAAGUAUCUUGGCUACCCACAAGAUUGCCACCACACUGCAAGAUAAUUGUAACAUGUGCGUGCGAAGAAGCUAAUCCAGAUGUGUCCAAAGAAUAUGACGUACUUCGGAGGAUGAUUGACUCAGAAGACAGCUUUUUAGAAGUCAAAGCUCUCGGCGAAGAUCUAGCCAUGCAAGUUCUGAAAUUGUGGAUGGCAUCUGCAGCCAGAGAUCUCACAAAUUACCAGUGGCGUUUGGUUUCUAAUGCCAUUGGACAAUGCUCUUUACCGAUAUUCGUGAAACUUGUUUUUGCAGAGGUCUGCAGAUGGAGAAGCUACACCAAGCCUCAGGAUACCCACCUCGCUUCUACAGUCAUGGAUUCGAUUAUGAUGUUGUUUGAGAGGAUCGAAAAACAGCAUGGACGUCUACUGGUCUUUCACGCUUUGGCUUACAUCACGGCAGCCCGCAGCGGUCUUUCCGAGACGGAACUUGAAGAUCUCAUAUCGUUGGACGACAGAGUCUUGGACGACGUAUACCAGUACCAUUUGCCGCCUGUCAGGAGAAUUCCUCCUCUGCUUUGGACUAGGAUCCGUAACGAUUUGCCUAACUACCUCUCUGAACGCGAAGCCGACGGUGUUUCCGUGAUGAACUGGUACCACAGGCAGUUUCGUGACACAGCCCGCGAGAGAUACUUCAAGAAUAUGAAUAUGGCGAUGUACUUUCAUUCUAUGAUUGCUGAUUACUACCUCGGUAUCUGGGGUGGUGGUGUACCAAAGCCGUUCAAGUAUACAGAAAUCCAGCGUCAUCGGUUCAAUCUUGCGGAUAGGGAGGGUGUGGCUGACAGGAAGGUCCCACUUCAGCCUUUGGUCUUCAUGUCAGCCGAUGGAACAUCCAAGAGAUACAAUUUACGAAAGUUUGGAGAAUUGCCAUUUCAUCUAGUAAGAUCGAAGCGAUUCACCGAUUUAUACGCAGAAGUACUCUUCAACUACGAGUGGCUUCACGCGAAACUCAACUGCUGUCCUCUGCAAGCUGUCCUGGCUGAUUUCGAAGAUGCUAAGCUACAUGUUAAUAAAGACGCAGUGAGAGAAUUAAUGCUAGUAGCAGAUGCUUUGCGUCUUGGUGGUGCUAUUCUGGGUACAUACCCUGAUAUGUUGGCGCCCCAAUUGGUUGGAAGACUUUUGCCGGAGGCCCCUCAUAAUCCUGCUGUAGCGUCUCUGCUGAAACAAUGUCACGAUAAAGGAAAAAAUCACUGCGCUUUACUGCCAUCCCACCAUUGCUUACACACCCCGGGCGGUCCUUUGAAGUAUUCUUUAGAAGGUCACCAAUUCGCUGUUUUCGCAUUUCGCCUAAGCUCGGACAAACGCUACGUUGUGUCAAUCUCUAGUAGGGUUAUAUCCUGGGACCUUUCCACUUCGGACCUGGCUCGAGAUCUAUGUCCACAAUUGGAAGGUAUUAUGCAGAAUCUGGAGCUCUCACCCGACAAUAAAUGGGCCGCUGCUUCAACGAAUAACUCUGUCUCCAUGUUGUUGAACAUGCUGACCAGUGAAUACGUGACCAUUGAUAAUCCACUUGAUGAAGGGGAAACAGUCCGAGGAGUUUUCGUCCUCAACCAUCACAUGAUAAUUUACGGUCCUCGCUCCUGGGUCCAGUACAGCAUGAGAGGUGAACACGAGAAGACUAUUCCUGCUCCCGAUACCGCUCCGUAUGAUGACGUCGAAUGGGAGAUACUCUCAAUGGAGUUUCGUGAUUUGGAGAACUUCGUUCUGGUUAUGUGGAGCGGGGAUUUGGAUGAAGAUAGGUUGCUGGUGUUGUUCUGUAAGGAGGGGGCUUGGAUGCGGCCUCUGAGAUGCAGAGGUGCCAUGGCUCUCAGCAAAAACUGGAACAAGAUCUACUCUAGUGACCCUGAUAGAGGAUACCAGAUAUCAAUUUACCAGCUCAAUGACGAAGAAGGCUGUUGGGACAAAAUCGAAGAGUUACAUCAUCGCGAGACGGACACCGCUGAAGCAAUGCUCCAAUUAAAACGCGGGAAAAAGGACAAAAUGUUGCUUGCCACAACAACUUACAGCUUCGUGGUGUGGGAUUUUGAUGGUGCGAUUCCUCGAGAUAAGCACGUAAUAGAAUACAAAAAAAAGAAGGGACAAGAAGACAAGAAGGACGUUGAAAAAGAAGACGAGAUGAUAAACGAGGAACCAACGAAAAACGUACCCCUUCACGGUAUCGUGCUAAAGCUGCCACAUACAAUCCGAAAUAUAUCCACGAAAAUGACUUUAUCGAACUCUUUUAUGAUUAGCAACAACAAUACUUACGCUGUCGCUGGAGUCAGGAAAAACCUUUACGUCUGGAGUCUUGAAACCACGACGCUGAUAAAAGUACUGGACGCUCACUUUGGCAGAAUAGUCCAACUGGAACCGUUGACUGUUGGAGCUUGGAACAAUGUGAUAACGUCGUCCAUAGACAGGACGGUCAAGAUAUGGAACAUUGAUAACAUAUUUGAGCAAGUACAUAAGAUUGAUCGACAAGAACUGCCCAUUGAUUCUAUUAGCCUAGCACGCGACAAGCAACUAGCGGUAACCGUCACCCGUAGCUGUUGGGGCCUCUGGGAUACGAGCACCGGUCGGUUGAUGGCGCAAUUAGCUGACGCUCCGCUCGGCGCCAUCGUCACGCACGCGGUCAUCACGCCCACUGGAGAUCACGUAGUCACUGCGGAAUCGGGCUGCGUUAUUAUAUGGGAUACUCCUGAAAAACAGGGAAUCUUCAAGGAAGAACAAAAAGGUGUAAAACAAGUUCUGCUUCUAGAAGACGGGACGAAAUUCAUCACGAUAUCUAUGCAGGUGCCCGCUGAUAACACGGAUAACGUUGCUGUUGCUUAUAUCGUGGCAAGAACUAUACCUGACGGUGAAAGAAUUUACACAGCAGAAUACGACGUUCGGGGUACCGGCUACAGAGCCGCUGUGGUUUCUGCAGAGGAACAUCAUCUAGUUGCUCCCGGAGUGGACAAGUCCUCCAGGGACUGUCUACAUGUAUUCCAUGCUAGAACCGGAGCGAGGAUACAUAGGAUACCAAUUAAGAACAGCGGCAUCAAAGACAUGCAAUCUAUUGUGGCGUUGCCCCACAAGGCGCUCUGGGUGGCAGUCGUCGGUAAUGACAAAGCCGGUAUAUUGGACAUCAAAAGCAAAAGACUCAUCAGAUUUGUUCCACGUUGGAAUGGCGCAUGUACUCGCGAUGGUAAGCUGGGGCUCUGUGCGCCUUCCAGAGGGGGGCUCGACCUCAUAGAACUAAAGAGAGGAACAUCGGUGCACCCCCUUAUAUACAGGGCGGCUGAAGGCGUAUUUUCCAUCAUCACCAUGUUUAGCUCGACAGACCAUUAUGUAUUUUAUUAUCACAGCGGCAGGAAAACACUGAGAGUUUUCAGAACAAUAGACGGUCGUGCUAUAGCUGAGUACCGGGCGCCGGCCGAAGUCACAGGCGUGGCCAGCGCUCAUGGAGGCAAAGCUGUCGCUAUCGCCUCACAGGACGGUUGUCUCACAAUCCUUAACAUUGUUGACCCAUACGAAUGAAGUUGGGACGGGUAGUGAAACUUUUGUCUCUCUCCUGCUUCAUUAAGUUUUUAUCAAAGAAAGAGAGAGCGAGAGACAGAGAGAGAGAGAAAGAGAGAGAGAAAGAGAGAGAGAGAGAGAGACAGAGAGGGAGAGAGAGAGAGAGAAAUCGGAUAGCGAGAGCACAACGCUGAUUUUUUAUGUGACGACUUCUACCAGUCAACUCUUAUGGCAAGCCGCGUUAAGAAGCUGUUUAUUUAUUGGAACAGCACGUAAUGUACACAUUCGGGGGUCGGUGACCUGAAGUGUUCAGCAGUUGUUUUCAUUACAUUGUCUAUUCAUAAAACACGAAUGUGACGCACAUACGCAUACUAGCCGGUCACCGUCCUUGCCCAACCUUGCGACGAAGUGCUCGACGAGUAAAUUAACCCACAGACACAGCCCACAGAGUUUCUCGCCGGAUCUUCUCAGUUGGUCGCGUUUCCGAUCCGGUGGUAGAUUCUGCCAAGCACUGCUCUUGCUAGGGCCAGUGUUAGCAACACUCCCGGUUUGAACCCGUGAGCUCACCUACACGUCAAAGAGAAGCUGAAAUUGCCUCUCAAAGCUAUCAGCAUAGGUAGGAAAUGCAUACUAGUGGGUAGCUUAGAUACACUUCAAUGUUAUCAUUUGAUGUAGAGGUUAGAAGAUUUGUAAAUGCUUUUGCUAGUUUUAGUUUUAUAUGCUAAAUUCUUCUUCGGUGCUUAAAUUAAGAUGUUGGUUUAUAAAAUAAUUAAUACCUGUGCUGCUCCUCUUUGUGUCGUGUCGAAUGUUCACUCCAUCGAGGACAUUCAGAGGAAUUCCUUGAAAUACCCUCAUCUCCUUUGCUCCAGUCGUGUCGCUGGAAAGUGUUUCUUCCUACAUCUAUUUGACAUAUCCACAGUUUGCUUCAACCUAUCUGCUUCUACUUUGGUCUUGAAACAAUCUUUGAAAAGCGAAUACUUGAAGUCGAUGGGUAUUUUUGAUGGCAACAUAAACAGACUUUCUUGGCUAAUAGUAACGUGCGCGUAACGAAAGAAGAAGUAAUCAAGUGGCUUUUUACGAUUAAAUUAUAUUAUCGUUCAUGUUGGGUCAUGUUAUAUAAAAUAAAAACUAGAUUAAAAACUAAUUUUGUUUUAUUACUUCAAUACUAAAAAUAGGCAAUAUACAUUUUUUUUAUGUAAUCGAUCUAUUAACAGCGAUAUGUAAUCUGUAAAAAAUUGCACAGAUAAUACAAUCGAUGUUGUCUACAGUAUACUUACAACUAUUUGGAAUAUUAUACACGAUAAUUACGAAUACUGCCUCUUAGGAAACUACAAUUCGAAAAAUAAUUUGACAGACCUUUAUUUUAAAUCUCAUUCGAUUAGUUACAAACAUUACUUUAUAGGUUGGGUUUGGACGCUUUCGUUUCCCGCGUAAACAGAAAUUCUAAAAUGGCUGGAACCUAAAGAUCGGGAACUCGAUUAAUAGUGAUCAUACCCGUCGAAAAUGAGUAUUUUUGAAAUUAAAUUACUUACGAAAUAAUCGAGUGAUAUCCCUUAGAAACCUUUCGAAGUUCGCACACAAACAAUGAGCUUGAUAAAUCUAUACAUAUAAAUAAAAUUGGAGUGUCUGUUUGUAACAUUGCAAUAACCGCUUUUUACUACGUGAAUGUAUGAAUAUAUAUACGGUACGUAGACCAAAAUAACAUUUUUUUUAAAUUUUGUCUGUCUGUCUGUUUGUUCCGGCUAAUCUCUGGAACGGCUGGACCGACUUUUAUGAGACUUUCACUGAUAGAUAGCUGAUGAUCUAAAGAGUAACUUAGGCUAACUAGUUUUUUUAGACUAGCUUCGCCCCGCGGCGUCACCCACGGUACGAAAAUAACCGCGGGUAACAUGGCGGGACUCUGCUAUUAAUAAUUUAAUAAUAAAACUUAAUGUUUCCGAAGCGAAGCGAGGGCGGGUCGCUAGUUAAAAAUAAAAAUAUUAAAAUCCUCAUAAAAGGCACAUUCGGUUCGCCUUUCUACCCUAAUAUAAAUUUGAUUUUACACUUUAACACAAGAUGUCACGUGUUAUGUUAGUUACAAAUGACGUUAUCAUCCAUUAGGGUUGUCAGGCAUCAUUAUGCCAUAAUUGCAAGAACGCAGUUUUUUUAGGCUUUCGAUGCUUCGAAUUCAUUAUGUUUUCGUGAUGACGUCUUUACCGUUAAAAAAAUGGAGAAUCGUGAAAAUCUAAAACUCAUAAAGAGGUUGCCACGCUUGCUUGGUCAACUAAAUCCAAUCACUGAAAACGGAAUUAGCUGCUGUACCUUGACUUUUCCGGAUUUCUCGUCACAUACGCAAUAUAAUG